AUGGGGAAAGUUACCAAACAUAGCAACAAUAAAAACAAAGGAAAAGCACGAAGCUUUUCUACCCUUCGAUUUUCUGCUACCGAAGGCUUUAUUUCGAAUCAAGCUACAAUCACACAAGCCUUCAAGCGAGUAGCUAAAUUCAAUGCAGCAGCAACAAGUAUUGAUCCUUCAAGCAGCUCAAAUCAGGGCGAGUCAUCAACACCUGAAAGCCAAGAAGAGCGCUCUGUCCCUGAAGAGGCUGGAUUAGAAGAGGGUGAAGAGAACUGCGAGGCUGAAGACAAUGAUACUGUCCAAGAUCUCCCUCUCAACACUCAGCACAGAGACUUUUUUGAAUCUCUUUGUGCCCGCUUGCAUGAGGACGGACGUCCUGUUGAAUACGACAGGAACACUUUUUGGGUGGAGCCAGUUAAUCCCUAUUUUGCACUGCUGAAGAAGAUACCGGCGAAAGAGGAACCCAAUAAAAGCCUAUAUCAACCUCGAGUAUUUUUGUGGUUACCUCAUCACUUGCUUCCACACAGGCCCAAGUCUUUAGAAUGCCCCAGGUGUAAAUCUCCAUUGAAAAGCAAAGGUUUCAACAAGGAUCCGCAUGCUAUAAGAAUCGUUGAUCUUGCAAGUUGUUUCUAUCUGUUGUCAUGCAGAUACGAAUGUACAGUGACUGGAUGCAAAAAGCCUGGAUUUGAAGACUCAUGGCAAUCUCACGACCCCAUCAUUAUGCGACAAUUGCCACAGGAGCUUCAGAUGGAAUUCCCUGCCGUUUUGACUAGCAAAGGAGGUGUUUCCAAAACUGUCGCAAAUCUCCUUCGUCCGUGCAUGCAAAACUCAAUGGGUCCUCAGAGAUUCCAAAAGUUACUCCGAGAAUUGCAUGUUCUUCGUCAUGAUCAGCUGGAACUCCAGUACUUACUGUCAUGUUUGGCUAAAAAGAAAGGACUCCUCGGGAACUAUUCGUUCCUCCCUUACUCGAAUUUUGAAGACCCUCACCGGUGUGCUGGUUAUGUACCAAGUGCCACUUAUUUCAGGACUUUGUACGCAGCAAUGAUCGAGGAACUCAAGCCAAAGAUGGACAAACAUGCCAUGCUUCUUGACGGCAAGGUGCUUAAGUGCGAUCACUCUUUCAAAUUCCCGAAACAUAUCGCUAAAAUUGAGGAUACUGGUGUAUUCACUGCCUUGUUCACCGUGACGAAUGAGUAUGAGGAGAUCGUACAUCAGGUUCUGGUCCCCUCAAAGUCUUUUAUCUAUCUGAAGCAUUCAUUGCAAAAGAUGAAAGAAGCAUACGAACUUUAUGGACAUGAGAUGCCGGUAGCUUUCUUCACUGAUAAUGUGCAAAUCACUACGGCCCAACUGAUGUUCUCACAGAACAUGGAUGUGCUCUUUUGGGAACAUCGAUGUUCUCAUUUGAGGUGUAGUUUUCCACACGAAUAA